AUGGAGGUGUCGGUGUUCUCGGACACUGUCGGUCAGGAGAUCCGGUUGGAGCGGCGCUCGUACAGCGAUACGUGCCGGGAGUUCACCGUGGUGAGGCCGAAGCUGUCAGUCCGGUGUGUGGCGGGCUGGACGUGCUGUGUGUGGCUGACCGCCUACCUGCUCUUCCUGUACACGGAGCUCCCCGCCGUCCUGUCCGCCGCCAUCCUCCUCUCCGUGUUCGGCCUCCUCGUCCACCUUCACCUGUUCCGGGUGGAUUCGGAGAGCCUGCUGGUUCUGGGCUCUCUGGGCCUCCAGCGGAGUUCGGUGUUCGCCUCGGGGAGGGAGAGUUCGGAGUUCCUGGAGAUGUGGCGGCUCCGGGAUCUCGUCAUCACCGAGAACAUCACCAGCUGUGCCGUCCACUACGUCCUGUGUGUGCUGACCGGGGACCACCACCUCAUCCCUGUGUUCGGGGGGGCCGCAACCCCGCCUGGAGUGCCUGCGGGAGAUCUACCAGAGCGUGCAGGAAGUGCUGGGCGCCGACCGCCAACACACUGACUGAACGCCAGAACAUGUCUCCACGGUGA